GAGUUCUCACACCGGAAUCGUGCAGACUUUAAGCGAGAAUAUGAAAAUUGAACGCAUAUUUUUUAACUGUCCCGAUGUUCCUGACCCGAUGGAGAAGGUACUGGAAGGGAACAAGCUGAAGAUGUUCGCAGCAAAUCUGGAGCUUGGGCUGCUGAUCGACUGCGGGGCAUUGAAAGCUUUAGAGCAGCUCGGCGAGGAGGAAACUGCCCUCAUCCACAAGAUGAUAGAGAGGAUGACAGAAGGUCUUACAAUCCCAAAAAAAUUUUCCACGACAUCAAAGAAGCGGAGAAGAAUGUGCAGCAAAGUGCUCGACAAGUUGACGGAGACGCACAGCAUGUCGCAGCUGAAGAACCUGCUGACAACAAAGGAUGAACAGGGUCAGGAGCUUUGGGUCAUGACCGAAAGAACAAGAUCGUGGAUACAAGCAGCCGAAAAGGGUUUCCUCCAUAGAAUGGCUGGUCUUUUCCUUAUAGAUAGGGUAAGAAGCUCAGUCAUCCGGGAGGGACUCAGACUAGAGCCACUGCUCCUCCACAAGCCAGUUGAGGUGGCUCUGUCAACUUGUCAGGAUGCCUCCUGGUCUGAAGGACGGAAAGAAGAAAGAAAGGAAGGAAGAAAGGACGGACAGAAGGAGGGAAAGACGGAUGGGUGGAAGGAAGGAAGGAAGAAAGGAAGGACGGAGGGAUGGACGGACUGAAGGAAGGAUGGAACAAAGGAUGGAAGGAAGCCUGGAUGGAUGGAAGGAAAGAAGGAAGGACGGACGGACCGACGGAUGAACGGAAGGAAAGAAAGAAGGAAGGAAGGAGGGAAGGACGGACGGACGGAGGGAAGGAAAGAUGGAAGGAAGAAAGACAGGAAGGACGGACGGACCAACGGACGGAAGGAAAGAAAGAAGGAAGGAAGGAAGGAGGGAAGGACAGACAGAAGGAAGGAAGGAAAGAUGGAAGGAAAAAAGACAGGAAGGACGGACAGAGGGAUGGACGGACGGAAGGAAGGAUGGAUGGAGGGAUGGACGGACAGAGGAAUGGACAGACGGAAGGAAGGAAGCAUGGCACAAAGGAUGGAAGGAAGGAUGGAUGGAUGGAAGGAAGGAAGAAAGAAAGAAAGGAAGGACGGAGGGAUGGACGGACGGAAGGAAGGAUGGAACAAAGGAUGGAAGGAAGGCUGGAUGGAUGGAAGGAAGGAAGGAAGGAAGGACGGACAGACGGAAGUAAGGAAGGAAGGAUGGCGAAGAGGAAAGUGCCCUCAUCCACAAGAUGGUAGAGAGGAUGACGGAAGGUCUUACAAUUCCCAAAAAUUUUUCCACGACAUCAAAAAAGCCGAGAAGAAUGUCCAGCAAGAAUGUGCUCGACAAGUUGACGGAGACGCACAGCAUGUCGCAGCUGAAGAACCUGCUGACAACAAAGGAUGAACAGGUCAGUGCCAAGAUGAGCGAGCUGCUGAAAGAACAAAUGCAGAAGGCCUUUAAAGGCUUUGAGAACAGCCUACGCAAAAAGCUGUGUACUGCAGAAGUUGCGGGAUAUGCCACUUCGAUUCUUGUUGUGGUUGUUACAAGCCUGAUAAUAAUGCUGUAGCAGUUUGGUUUGAGAACAGCAUUAGUUCAUAUUAACCAAUAACUCAGUCGUUCAAAUGUUGGGAACAGAUUUGCUGAGUCGAUUUAUGUUCCUGCACUCAUCUAGGGUCAGGAGCUUUGGGUCAUGACCGAAAGAACAAGAUCGCGGAUACAAGUGGCCGAAAAGGGUUUCCUCCAUAGGAUGGCUGGGCUUUUCCUUAGAGAUAGGGUAAGAAGCUCAGUCAUCCGGGAGGGACUCAGACUAGAGCCACUGCUCCUCCACAAGCCAGUUGAGGUGGCUCUGUCAUCUCGUCAGGAUACCUCCUGGUCGGAAGGACGGAAAGAAGAAAGAAAGGAAGGAAGAAAGGACGGAUAGAAGGAAGGAAAGACGGAUGGGUGGAAGGAAGGAAGAAAGAAAGGAAGGACGGAGGGAUGGAUGGAACAAAGGAUGGAAGGAAGGCUGGACGGAUGGAAGGAAGGAAGGACGGAUGGACGGAAGGAAGGAAGUCUAGAUGGAUGGAAGGAAGGAUGGACGGACAGACGGAAGGGAGGAAGGAAGGAAGAAAGAAAGGAAGGACGGACAGAGGGAUGGACGGACGGAACGAAGGAUGGAACAAAGGAUGGAAGGAAGGCUGGAUGGAUGGAAGGAAGGAAGGACGGAAAGAAGGUUGGAUGGAUGGAAGGAAGGAUGGACGGACGGAAGGAAGGAAGGAAGGAAAAAAAGGAAGGAAGGACGGACGGAUGGACGGACGGAAGGAAGGGUAGAACAAAGGAUGGAAGGAAGGGAGGAAUAAAGGAUGGAAGGAGGGAUGGAUGAAUAGAUUGAAGGAAGGACUGAAGGAUGUAUGGAUGGAUGGAUGGAUGGAUGGAAGGAAGGAUCAAAUGAAGGAAGGAACGAAAGAUGGAAGGACAGAUGAAAGGACGGACGGCUGGAAGGAAUGAAAAAAGGAAGAAAAAAAGGAAGGACGGAUGGAAGGAAGAAUGGAACAAAGGAUGGAAGGAACAAUGGAUGGUUGGAAGGAAGGACGUAAGUAAGGACGGAAGAACGAAAGGAAGCAAGGAAGGAUGGAUGGAAGGGAGGAAGGAAGGAAGGAAGGACGGACGGACGGAAGGAAGGAAGUCUGGUUGGAUGGAAGGAAGGAUGGACGGACAGACGGAAGGGAGGAAGGAAGGAAGAAAGAAAGGAAGGACAGACGGAGGGAUGGACGGACGGAAGGAAGGAUGGAAGGAAGGCUGGAUGGAUGGAAGGAAGGAAGGACGGAAGGAAGGUUGGAUGGAUGGAAGGAAGGAUGGAUGGAUGGAAGGAAGGAAGGAAGGAAAAAAAGGAAGGACGGACGGAGGGAUGGACGGACAGAAGGAAUGGUAGAACAAAGGAUGGAAGGAAGGGAGGAAUAAAGGAUGGAAGGAAGGAUGGAUGAAUAGAUUGAAGGAAGGACUGAAGGAUGGAUGGAUGGAUGGAAGGAAGGAUCAAAGGAAGGAAGGAACGAAAGGUGGAAGGAAGGAAGAAAGUAUGGAAGGACAGAUGGAUGGACGGAUGGAAGGAAGGACGGAAUGAAGCAAGGGUUGACGUACAGAUGGAAGGAAGGAAGGCAGGAAGGAAGGACGGACGGCUGGAAGGAAUGAAAAAAGGAAGAAAAAAAGGAAGGACGGAUGGAAGGAAGAAUGGAACAAAGGAUGGAAGGAACAAGGGAUGGUUGGAAGGAAGGAAGGACGUAAGAAAGGACGGAAGAAAGGAAGGAAGCAAGGAAGGAUGGAUGGAAGGACUGAAAGACGGACGGAUGGAUGGAUGGAUGGAUGGAUGGAUGGAACAAAGGAUGGAAGGAAGGAUGGAUGGAAGGAAGGAAGAAAGGAUGGAUGGACAGAUGGAUGGACGGACGGACGGAAUGAAGGACGGAAUAAAGCCAGGAUUGACGUAUGGAUGGAAGGAAGGAAGGCAGGAAGGAACGAUGGAAGGACAGACGGCUGGAAGGAAGGAAGGAAAAAAAUAAGAAAAAAAGGAAGGACGGAGGGAUGACGAACAGAAGGAAGGAUGGAACAAUGGAACAAAGAAUGGAAGGAACAAUGGAUGGUUGGAAGGAAGGAAGGACGGACGGACGUAAGAAAGGAUGGAAGUAAGGAAAAGGAAGGAAGCAAGGCAGGAAUGGUGGAAGGAAGGACUGAAAGACGGACGGAUGGAUGGAUGGAUGAAUGGUUGGAUAGAUGGAUGGAAGGAAGAAAGAACAGAAGAAAGGAAGGAUGGAUGGACAGACAGACGAAAGGAUGGAUGGAAGGAAGGAAGGA